AUGCCUUUCAGUGUCGGUAUCGGAGAUGUCAUAGCCGUCGGCAAACUGAUCAAGGACAUCACUGACAGUCUGCGAUCUGCUGGUGGAGCAAAAUCGGAAUACCAGGAACUCACCAAGGAGCUUGAGGCGCUCAAGACUGCCCUAGAUGGUCUAGACCAGCUCGAUAGCAGCACAGCCCCCUCAGCACUUCUUGACACAAUCAAGUUCGUCGCCGCGGACUGUCGCCAUCGACUUGAAGUGUUCUGGGCGAAGAUCGAGAGAUACGAGUCGUCCCUAGGCCCCGCAAGCCGAUCCAACGCUCUGAGAGGUACCAUGGACAAGCUCGGCUGGACGUUCUGCCGGAAAGAGGAAGUUGUGCAACUUCAGAGAAACCUCCAGUUCUACGGCAGUGUCAUCAACAUGCACUUAAUACGGCAUGUCGCCGGUCAGGUUCAAGAUAUGAGGAAGAAUACUGAUGCAGUCUGUACACAGAUCGCUGAGCGAAUCCGUGAUACAGAAGAUACUCUCACGGACAUUGGCGAUAAUUUAUCUAGCCAGGGAGCUAUCGCGAAUAACAUUCAGACACUCGUCACUGGGCUGCAUCAGUUCAUUUUCGGCGAGGUCAAAUCAUUCCUGGAGGACUUCGGGCAAUUGGUGAACAAAGUCUUUGCCUCCACCCAGCAAAUCUACGCCGUUGUUCUCGAAAUACGGGAUUCAAGGAGAGCAGUGGAGACUGGUUGGGCUUUCUUCCAAGACCCUUUCGUCAUUGAAGAUGUCUUUGGUCGCAAGUUUCCUGUCCCAUCUGAGUUCGACUACGACAUGCUAGACACCAUUGUCCAGCAAAGAUUCAAAACUAGUACUAGCUCUGAUGAUGUCGCCCUAGGCAACUACGAAUACUGCAAAGCAAACAUGAGAACAGCAACGAUUACAGCGACUUCCCAGCUUGUACCUGGUACAGCUGUCGUUAUGGUCCUGCUUAUAGACGCAAGAAGCGACAAGCCUUGCCCUAUGCCUCUGUGUGACUCUGUAGGAGCCAACUCUUAUCCCAGCGGAGGGUUUGUUUGGUAA